AUGCGGUCUCGCCUGGCAGAGAGGACGGUGGCCGCGGCGCCGCCGCUGCUGCUGCUGCUGCUGGCUCUGGUGGUCCCAACGGAGGCCUACUCUUGUCCCUCAGAGUGCAGCUGCCACCCGCCGGACGGCGCCCGCGUCGACUGCUCGUCGCAGUCACUCACAGCCAUACCGGAAGGCCUCGACCCAAAUGUUACGUACCUCGACCUCUCGAGGAACAACAUCAUGACGGUGGACCCGGCGAAGCUGUCGGGCCUGACGCGCCUGACGCGGCUGGACCUGUCGGGCAACUACAUCUCGCUGCUGAGCGCGGCAGCCUUCUCGGCGCUGGUGUCGCUGGAAGAGCUGGACCUGAGCGGCAACCGCAUCUCGCGGCUGGCGCACGUGGCGGCCGACUCGCUGCUGGCCAACCUGACGAGGCUGGGCCGGCUGUCGCUGGCAGGCAACCAGCUGCGCGAGCUGCAGGAGCUGGACGGGGCACUCGUGCUGGCCAGCCCCUCGCUGAGGGAGCUCGACCUCAGCCGCUGCCAGCUGCAGAAGAUCGACCACCGCGCCACGCUGGCGCGCCUGCCGCGCCUCCAGGUCCUCAACGUCUCCGACAACCCCAUCAAGUGGAUCCGGGAGGUGGUGUCGGCGUCGCUGCACACGCUGGACGCGAGCCGCUGCGAGAUGGACAGCCUGGGCAGCAGCGCGCUGCGCGGGCUCACCGCGCUCGUCUCGCUGCGGGUCAGCCUCAACCCGCAGCUGCGGCUGGGCGAGCCCCGCCUCUACGCGGCCACGCUACGCCGCCUGCACGCCGACCACUGCGCGCUCGACAAGCCCGCGCUCCAGGGCAUGCCGGCGUUGCAGUACGCCUUCCUGCGCGGGAACAAGGUGGAGACACUUACUCAGAAAGACUUUAAUAACAGCGCCCAGCUGAUACGACUGGAACUUCCCAGGAACUUAAUACGUUUCAUCGAGAAGGAUGCCUUCCGACCACUUGUCGAGCUCGAGAGGCUCGAUCUGUCUGGGAACAAGCUACACCAGCUCGCGUGGAACGCCUUCGUGAACUGUAAGAAACUGAAGUGGCUGUACCUCUCCGAAAACCCGCUAACCGAGUUGACGAACAUUUCGUCCGACUCGAUUCGUACCAUCGACGCCAGUCAAUGCAAGAUCAGUGGACUCCGCAGAGACGUGUUGACGGGUGCCCGCCAGUUGCUGGAGCUCAACUUAUCGAGUAACUGGAUCGAGAGUGUACCCAAACGACUGCGUUCUGUGUCGCUCGUCAAGCUGGACCUCAGCCAGUGCAGGCUUUCGGCAGUCACCAACGAGACGUUCGUCGAACUGUACCAGCUUCGGUACCUCUACCUACACGGCAACAGGCUUACCAAUGUUCCCAAGUCGUCAAUGGUGACUGGCCUGAAGAACCUAGUGCACCUGACUCUGCACGACAACCCGUGGCGCUGCGACUGCGGCGCGCCCGACUUCCGCUACCUGUGGGACAACCUGACGGCGUCGUCGCCGCCCAUUCUCACCGUCAGUGAGAGGCAGACGGUCAAGUGCGCGUCGCCCGAGGCGGUGGCGGGCCAGCAGUGGUGGCUGGCGUGCGUGGAGAAGUGGUACCCGCCGGCGCAGAGCCAGGCCACCAACACGAUGAGCCGCAACGGCGCGGCGGCGCUCGGCCUCGUGGCCGUCAUCGUGACAGCCGUGGCGCUCUUCUGCUUCCUGCGGCAGCGCCUGCACGAGAAGAAGGAGGAGCGCGCAAGGGAGGUGGACCGCAUGGCGCGCGCCGCCGACGAGGUGCAGGACCGCCUGCGCAGGCAGCACUCCGAGGCAAUGCUGCACCAGGAGCUGGAGGCGAUCGCCCGGUCACGUUCACAUUUGUCUUCGCCCCCGCGGCAACGCCGUACUGAGAGCCAGCUAACGGAGCCGCCGACGUAUGAGGAGGCGUUGCUGAUGGCGCGAUCUGUGGAGGAACUGGCCGAGAGGAAUGCCGCAGCUGUGCAGGCGCAGACCAUGACGCACGCACCGAGGCGGCCUAGCAGCAGCAGCAGCAGCGGCAGCAGUGGGGACAGCCUCAACCUCAGUGGCGACGACGACGGCCAAUAUGCCAGAGCCGCUGGCUGGAGCGAGCCGUCAGGUCGCCGUCACCGAGAAGAUAGUGAAGGCUCUCUCUCGGCUGGUGACAAUGCUGGUGACGUCUAUAGACACUCAGAGGAUCCCUCCGCGAAGCGCGGACCUAUCCCGGGAAGCCCUGGAAGCAGCUCCAGUAGUUCCGCACACAGCUUCGUUGCCACCGCCGGUACCAGUUCUGAUGACGAGGCUAAGGCCACUCGGUCAUCCGCUGCAGGGGCACUGAACCACAGACGCUCUUAG